AGCUAGAAAUGUUCUAACAACAUGUUCUAAUAAUUUAGUAAGUUUGAACUUUGAAGCAACUUAAAAAUUUCAAAUAACCAUCUGUGUUGGCGACAAUGUCACUGAGAUUCUGUCUUAAACCGGGGCUUCCUCAACCCUCUCAGCAUCAGUGCCAAUCUCCUCUUCCUGUUUCAAACACAAAGCUAAGCACAAGAAAUCUCUCCCUACAUUGCUCAACAAUCCAAAAGUUGGAAGGUGUCGUCGCCGCAAAAGCUCCAAAGUCCCAUCACGUUGCGAAGUCUGAUUGGAAAGUUCAAAACCAGGCCUUGGUUGAUCUCCUGCGUGACAGUUCUGCAAAAGGUUCGAUCCGAGAAGGCCACUUGGUUCAUGGGUACCUGUUAAAAUCCAAUCUUGAUGAUGAAGAGUCUCUGUUUCUGUUCAACAAUGUGGUGAGCGCAUACUGCAACUGUUCCAAAUUUGAGCACGCCCGAAGGCUGUUCGAUGAAAUGCCUGAGAGAGAUGUCGUCUCUUGGACCGUGAUGAUUGUGGGGUCAACGCGCAAUGGAUGCUUUCUUGAUGGGUUUGAGUUCUUUUGUAAUAUGUUGAUUGCUGGAAUCUUGCCUGAUGAGUUUGCUUAUUCAGCAAUUGCGCAGGCCUGCGUGGGGCUUGACUGUAUUGAGUUAGGCGAAGGAGUGCAUGGUCAGAUUGUAAAGAGAGGGUUUUCAAGUAAUGUUAUUGUUGGUACUUCUCUUGUUAACAUGUAUGCAAAGCUAGGCAACAAUAAAGCUUCAGUGUGCGCGUUUAAUGCCAUUGGGGAGCAUAAUCAAGUGUCCUGGAGUGCAAUGAUUUCGGGGUUGACUGCAAACAGUCUUUAUUUGGAAGCAUUUAAUUACUUUCUAGGGAUGAAGGCGCAGGGGGUUUUGCCCAAUAUGUAUGCUCUCUCUAGUGUUUUAAAGGCAGUUGGGAAGUUGAGGGAUGUUGGUAAGGGUAGAGAAGUUCACCAUUACAUUGAUGAAUUGGGUAUGGAGUCAAAUGUUGUUUUGGGGACUUCACUUAUCAAUAUGUACUCGAAAUGUGGGUAUUUGUCUGAGGCAAGAGCAGUGUUUGACAUGAAUUUCAGUAAAUCUAGAGUGAGUAAUCCAUGGAAUGCCAUGAUUUCGGGUUAUCUGCAGGUUGGGUUUUGGUCAGAAGCUUUGGAGAUCUUUACUGAAAUGCGUCUUAACGAUGUACAGCCGGAUUUCUAUACAUACAGUAGUGUGUUCAGUGCAGUUGCAGCAUUGAAGCAGAUACAGUUUGGGCGGCAAGUUCAUGGGAUGGUUGUGAAGUCUGGCAGCGACUCCAGAUAUCGAUGCGUGAGCAAUGCAAUUGUAGAUGCUUAUUCUAAAUGCCACUCUCUGGGAGAAGCAAGGAGGGUCUUUGAUAAGAUGGUAGAGAGAGAUGUGGUUUCUUGGAGUACCUUGGUGACUGCUUAUGCCCAGAGUGAUAGGGUGGAGGAAGCAUUAAACAUCUUUUCCCAAAUGAGGGAUGAGGGAUUUGCACCCAAUCAGUAUACUUUUUCUUCUGUUAUUGUUGGAUGUGCUCGCCUUUGUUUGCUUGACUAUGGCCGUCAAUUGCAUGGUCUUCUUUGUAAGGUUGGGUUGGAUACCGAUAACUGCAUAGAGAGUUCUCUGAUUGUUUUUUAUGCAAAAUCUGAUAAUAUAAUCAAUGCAAUCAAAGUUUUUGAGCGAAUUGUUUGCCCUGAUGUGGUUUCGUGGACUGCUAUAAUAUCUGGUUGUGCUCAACAUGGUUUUUCAGACAAGGCUGUUGAGCUCUUCAAGAGGAUGGAAAAAUCAGGCACCAAGCCUAAUGCGUCUACCCUUUUAAUGCAUCCUGUUUGCUUCAAGUAGUAGUGUGGUGGCACAGAUUUAGUUUUUACUGGUGAUGGAGGAUUAUAUGAAGCCAAAGUCGGAGUAUUAUGCUUGUGUGGUUGAUCUCUUAGUUCAUUUUGGAUCACUGGUAGUUUAAAUGGGUUAAUUAACCAAAUAACAGUUUGAGCUAAAAUGACUCAUAUUGACAGGCUAACAUCUGAGGCAAUGUUAAGGAGCUAGCUGCCAAGUAAGUCCUCUCAAUAAUCCUAUCUCUCAAAAACCUAGGGAUCUGCGAGAAACACUUAUCCAAGGCAACAUUGGGAUAGCAAUUAUUUUAGGAGAUUUGUUGAAAGAUACACAAAUGAAGAAGGGAUAUAUUUGGAUUCCUGUGAUAGGUAAACUCAACAAAAGAAAUGCAGGUUAUCGACAGAGCUAUGAGAAUCAAGUCAAAUAUGUACAAGUUUGAUGAGCUGAUUAAAUGAGGAAGAACAGAGGGAAGAGGGUUCUUGGAAAAAAAUAAAUUUCUGCCAACCAUGUCAUCAUUCCCAUGAGUGGCAAAUCUAGAAAUUGAUAAAUGAUCAGUGAUUUUUUUACCCCUAAGCUUCUCUGUCUCCUCAUUUUUUAUUGGUUUUGAAUGAAAUCUGCAUGAAGAAUUUCUGUUUCCUAAAGAAAAUUCAUGCAGGAACAUUAUGUGGACAAUGAACUUCAUAAACCAUGUAAUCUCCAAUUGAGAAUUCUAUGAUCUCACUGAGCAAUGUCUAUUGAAAUACUUUAGCGUCA